GAAAGACAAGACUAAAGGCUGCAUUUGCACUUUACAGAUUUUGUUUCACUAAUUAAAAAUGCUGAGCUGGUCAACUUGUAUUACUUCCAUGUUUCCCAGUAAUGUUUAACCUUAAGUUAAAAAAAAAUCUGGGAGAUAAAAGUGCAUGUUAUCUGGCAAGACCAUUCCACCUCCAGCAGUUAUUAAUUUCAGAAUACAUCUGAAUUCCUUCUCCGUGUCACGUGCUUCAGUAGAGCAACAGACAGCUUUUGGUCAGUGUCAGAUUUCAAGUUCUUACCUGUUGGUACCAACAUCACUGCCAGAUUAUCUUUUGCAGUCAACUUGUGAGAUCUUCCCUGAAUACAACUUGGUGUCUGCAGAUCAAUACAAGUGCCUCUGGCCAUCAUUCUCUUCCGGGAUUCACUCUUUCCUCUUGGCAAAACAUUUGCUGCACCGAGCUUUGCUUCUGGAAACAUCUUCUCCCUGAGACCUGUUUGAAACUAAGUCUCAGGUGCCAUAGUUCCCAACAUGGACAGUCCACAGGUGAAGAGCUUUGCAGUUUGGGAUUAUGUUGUAUUUGCAGCCCUCUUUGUCAUCUCCUCUGGAAUUGGGGUGUUUUUUGCCAUUAAGGAGCGGAAAAAGGCGACUUCUAGGGAGUUCCUGGUGGGGGGAAGGCAGAUGAGCUUUGGCCCUGUGGCCUUGUCUCUGACGGCCAGCUUCAUGUCAGCUGUCACUGUCCUGGGAACCCCCUCCGAGGUCUACCGCUUUGGGGCUUCCUUCCUGAUCUUCUUCAUUACUUAUGCAUUUGUCAUCAUCUUCACAUCAGAGCUCUUUCUGCCCGUGUUCUACAGAUCAGGCAUCACCAGCACUUAUGAGUACUUACAACUACGAUUCAACAAACCAGUUCGCUAUGCAGCAACUGUCAUCUACAUUGUGCAAACGAUCCUCUAUACAGGAGUGGUGGUGUAUGCUCCUGCCCUGGCACUCAAUCAAGUGACAGGGUUUGAUCUCUGGGGCUCUGUGUUUGCAACAGGAAUUGUUUGCACAUUCUACUGUACCCUGGGAGGAUUAAAAGCAGUGGUGUGGACAGAUGCAUUUCAAAUGGUUGUCAUGAUUGUGGGCUUCUUAACCGUUCUCAUUCAAGGAUCAGCGCAUGCUGGUGGAUUACACAUUGUGUUAGAAAGAGCAAGCAAUGGAUCUCGUCUAAACAUAUUUGACUUUGAUGUAGAUCCUCUCAGGCGGCACACUUUUUGGACAAUAACAGUGGGAGGAACUUUUACAUGGCUGGGGAUCUAUGGAGUUAAUCAGUCAACCAUCCAGCGGUGCAUCUCUUGCAAAACUGAAAAGCAUGCUAAACUCGCCCUGUACUUUAACCUGCUGGGUCUCUGGAUUAUUCUGGUGUGUGCUGUCUUCUCUGGCUUGAUCAUGUACUCCCACUUCAGAGACUGUGACCCUUGGACUUCUGGCAUUAUCUCAGCGCCAGACCAGCUGAUACCAUACUUUGUCAUGGAGAUAUUUGCCACAAUGCCAGGACUGCCAGGACUGUUUGUGGCUUGUGCCUUCAGCGGGACUCUGAGCACCGUGGCUGCAAGCAUCAAUGCCUUAGCAACAGUGACCUUUGAGGAUUUUGUCAAGUGCUGUUUUCCCCAUCUCUCCGACAAGCUGAGCACCUGGAUCAGUAAAGGCUUAUGUCUCUUGUUUGGUGUGAUAUGCACCUCCAUGGCGGUGGCCGCGUCCCUCAUGGGAAGCGUUUUACAGGCGGCCCUCAGCAUCCAUGGAAUGUGUGGGGGACCAAUGCUUGGCUUGUUCUCUCUGGGAAUUCUGUUCCCUUUUGUGAACUGGAAGGGUGCACUAGGAGGUAUUCUAACUGGAAUCACCUUGUCAUUUUGGGUAGCCAUUGGCGGCUUGGUUUAUCCUGCACCAGACUCCAAGACACUUCCCUUGCCUUUGUCAACAGACCAGUGUGUCCCAUCAAAUUUUACAGCAUCAGGGUCUCAAGUGCUCUAUGGCAGACCUGCCAUAGCGGACAUGUGGUACUCACUCUCUUACCUUUACUACAGUGCAGUAGGCUGCGUAGGAUGCAUUGCUUCGGGAGUAAUCAUCAGUCUUACAACAGGUUACCAAAAUGGCAAAGACAUUCAACCACUGUUAAUUAGACCAGUAUGCAAUUUAUUUUGCUUUUGGUCUAAGAAAUACAAAACAUUGUGCUGGUGUGGAGUUCAGCAUGACAGUGGGACAGAGCAGGAAAACCUGGAGAAUGGCAGUGCCUGGAAACAGGCUGCUGAAUCUGUCUUACAGGAUGACCUUAGGCGAGAAAGCCUGGCUCCUGUUCCUGGCUGUGAUCCCAAGGACAAAAGCUACACCAAUAUGGCAUUAGAGAAAAUUACCCAUUUUUAAGGCAACACAUGCAUGCAUACACACACUCCACGUACUUCUUAACUACUGGUUAGUUGACUUGUAAGGUUGCCGCCACUGGAAGAUAGAGAACACCUCCAAUGUCUAUUUAUACUUAUUUAUAACUACAAAUAGAAUAUGAUUACUGUUACCCAGAAGAUCCCAACUUUCAGGUGAGGAAAACAGCCAGGCCGUUAAUGUCCAGGCAACUUACUUCUGAAAUAAAUUAGGACUGCAUUUCAUCAAGGUGCAAGGAAUCAGAGUCUCUUUGCUUCAGAUCACAUUGAAUUUCAGGUUUUUCUUUUUUAAACAUCAAACACCUUGGAGUUUAGAGGUAGAAAGGGGAAAGGGAAAUAUGGGGUUAAAUGCUUCUCUGUCACUGCUGAUAAACAGAGAAUUCAAUUCAACCCCCUCCCUUCCCCAAACCUCACAUAUAGGUAGCCAUACUUCAAGGUCACCCUUAUCCUGCAGCUGCAAUUAGAACAUUUAACUAUUACCCCUACCCUCCUCCACCUUUACUCCCUCUUCCAGUCAUUCCUGAUAAUAUAGCUGCCCUGACCAAGCCUUAAAAAUAAUUCUGUUGAGCACAGUAGGAGACACUGGUAUGUCUGGUGAGCAGAAGCAAUUAUAACUAAAUACUAUGCUCCCUUUUUGCUGUUGGUGCAGUAUGUCUUCUUUUCUAUCAACUUACAAUGAAAAAUUGAUUUCGGUGCUCAAAAAGAAGCCUGAAGUCUGUUUACAGAGCUGGGAAAGGGGGAAAGGAAUGGCUUUAGGUGGCUGUUAGGAAAGCAUUGUGUAAAACAACCUUGCAAGUAGCUUACCAGCCCACAGAAGACUUCACUAGCCACAGGGUCUCCUUUGGUGCAAAAUACAUGGUCCACAGGACUUAUACUCUUCUCUGCUCACCCAGUGCGAACUUGCAAGCUCAGUGUAUUCCAUCAGGCUAAGAUGACAGAAGUAAAGAUUUUACAAGUUGAAUUCUAGAGAAUAAAUUUUAAACUUCUGGAGUAAGAGGGGAUUACAAAUCAAAAAGUGAGCUGAAAGAUGAGGGGGCUG